AUGGCAAACAAGAGAAAAAGAUGGGAAAAGAAGAGUGAAGAAGGGAACACAGAAUGGGAAAAACUGAGGGAAGAAGCAGCUUCAAUGGCUGCUGCUAUUCUUGGUGCUAGAAGAGCUAACAAACGUUACAUUGGGGUGAGACAAAGACCCUCAGGGAGAUGGGUGGCUGAAAUCAAAGACACCAUUCAGAACAUUAGACUUUGGUUAGGCACUUACGACAAUGCUGAAGAUGCUGCAAAAGCUUAUGAUGAAGCAGCACGUUUGCUUCGUGGUGCCAACACUCGCACAAACUUCUUUCCUUCCCAAUCUUCUCCUUAUGUUUCUGCUCUUCCUCCGAAGGUUGCCAAACUCCUCCUUCUUAGACUCAAAGCUAGAAGCUUUGAAUCAUGUAGGGUUACCACUCGUUUUCCGAGUAACCACUAUGAUCAAGAAACCAAACUAGAACCUAAGCCUCAACCAGAACCAGAACCUAAAUUAUAUCUCCAAACAGAAGAACCCCAUUACGAGAAUUUUGUAGGCAUGGAAGUAAAUGGGAUUGUUGAAGAAAGUUAUCAUGGUGCUAGUUAUAGUUCUUCUGCCAUAACUACAUGUGACUAUAGCUGUGGAACUAAUGAAGAGGAUUCUAACGAGAAGGGUAGCGGGGAAGAUUUCAGCUUGGGUUAUAAUUUUGCUGAGAAUGUUUAUGAUGAAGAGAAGAAGAUUGUGAGUGGUAAAGGUUGUGAUUUUCAGUUUUUGGAGUCUGGUGGAUCAGUGAGUUACUCUUUUUCUCCGUUUGAGAUAGCAGAAGAGAUGGUGGGAGCGAUAGAGGAAAACAAAUAUUACGAUGUUGAUGAUUCAGCGUUAGGCAGAGAAACUUUGAUGAUGAAGUAUGAACGUAAAUUCUCUGCUUGUUUUUACACCUUAACAGGGGUGUCUGAGUGUUUGAGGCUACAAGUUGGACAAGAAAAUGGAAAGGAAUUGGAAAAUUUUUUAGGAUGGUUUGGAUUUUGGUUGACGGUUCGUCACUCAUUUUCAGCAAAGUAUAUUUCUACUUUGAACGAAUGUUUGACAGAGGAGCACCAAUCACUAAUUGCAGAAAGGAGGGUUGUUAUCUUGGAGGCAAAGUUGGUUGAAGAGAAAGCUAGAAGAAGAACACUAGAGGAUGGUGGACACAGUGUGCCACAUGUAGAACCCUCUAUGAACAGUGGACUUUUUUCCCUGGGAGGCAUGUCCAUCAAUCCACCUCCAAUGAAGACAUAUGUGAGGUUGAGGUCACGAAGGCGUUAA